CCCACCCCAUUUCCUCAUCGUCCUCAACAGACAUGGUGGUCAUUCACCCAGGGGCCGUGCUGGCCAUGGUGGACCUGCUGCCCUCCGUGUCCUCUGACAGCCAGCCAGAGCAUGCCCUCGACCUGCAGCUGGCAGUCGCCAACAUCCUGCAGCUGCUGGUGAACAGCGAGAGGAACCAGCAGGUGUUGUGUGAAGCCUGCCUCCAUCAGCGACUGUUGCAGCGCUGCAGCCAGGCCCUCAGCGAUGAAGACCACCCUCUGCACCCGCCGCUGCAGAGGAUGUUCGAGAGGCUGGCCUCGCAGGCCCUGCAGCCGAUAGCACUCAGGUACUGAAGCUGGCCGUUUCGAUAACAUGAUGCAGGCGCCAACAAAGCUAAACUGAGAAGCUUCAACACUGAAAUGCUGCCCCAACAAUGACUGUUUCAGAUGAUAAUAAAGAGAUUCAAAUAA